AUGCCCUACCACACCACAGCGCCUCCCUGGCCCCACCCAAUCCCUGCCCCGCCCACUCCAGCCCCACCCAAUCCCUGCCCCGCCCACUCCAGCCCCGCCUCCCUCCCCAGGGGCAGAUCCCCGGGGGGCGUACUGGUCCAUACUGGGAGCCCUGGUCCGUACUGGUCCAUACUGGGAGCCCUGGCCCGUUACUGGUCCAUACUGGGAGCCCUGGCGAGCCCUGGUCCAUACUGGUCCAUACUGGGAGCCCUGGCCCGCCACCCCCGGACUGUCCCCGUGUCCCCCCCCGUAAGGCUCAGGGACCCCCGGGUGACCCGGGAUUGUCCCCACGUGGCCCUGGGCCACCCCCGGCAGUUCCUGAGCCACCCGGGAUGUCCCCGGGCCACCCGCGGUGUCCCGACGUCCUCUCGAGGCCCACCACUCCUGUCCCCGCAGGUCCCUGUCCCCAGGCGAGCCUUGCUCCCCCCUCCCAGCAGACGCCCCCAGGUCCCUGGGCCACCGGGAUGUCCCCAAGGGCCCACCCAGGCUGUCCCCACGAGGCCCCAGCUCCAUCCAGGGGGUCCCCAUGAGACCUGGACCCCGCUCAAGGUGCAGCCAGGUGACCCCGGCAGGUGCCAGGUCCAGCCACGAUUUCCCCCAGCUCCAUCCGGAACAUUCCUGGACCCACAGAGGGUCCAUCCAGGGCUCCCAGGUCCAUCCCAGAUCCAUCCAGGGGUUCCCAGGUCCAUCCAGGGGUUCCCAGAUCCAUCCAGGCCAUCCCAGGUCCAUCCCAGGUCCAUCCUGGCCACCCCAGGAGCUCCUGGGUCCAUCCAGGCCGUGCCCACCAAGGCCUGGAGUGCGCUCCAGGUCCCUCCAGGUGAUUCCCAGAUCCAUCCAGGAGCCCCUGGGACACCCAAGGUCCGUCCUGGCGCUGCCGUGUCCCCCCGUGGGCGUCCCCAGCGUGUCCGUGGCUCAGAGCUGGAGCUCAGCGACCACCUCGGAGCCAUCCUGGGUCACUGUCCCUGUCCCCAGAGCUCAGUGGCCACCUCGGAGCCAUCCUGGGAUGCUGUGUCCGUGUCCCCAAGAGCUGCAGCUCGGUGGUCACCUCGGAGCCACUCUGGGUCACUGUCCCUGUCCCCAGAGCUCAGUGGCCACCUCGGAGCCACUCUGGGUCACUGUCAAUGUCCCCAGAGCUCAGUGGCCACCUCGGAGCCACUGCUGGGUCACGUCCCAUGUCCCAGAGCUCUCCCCAGAGCUCAAGCUCAGUGA